AAAAAAAAAAAAAAAAAAAUUUGGCGGCUAUGAGGCGGCCACCAGUGCCAUUCACUGCUUCUUUCAUGCGUUGAGAUAUAGUUCCGACAAGGUGCACACUUGCUUCAUGCUUCAUCGAUAGAGAAGAGCGAAAGACUGACUUUAAAUAAAAAAAGCACAGACAAUGCUCAUUAAAGCGGUAGCACAGGCCUCGGCGGUGGCUGGUUGGCCUAUACAUCUCACCAAUCUUGGUUCAGGGAUUUGCCUGCCGCUGCAAGCCACAAAAUGCUCUUUCAGUCGAAUCCUUCCGGCUCCGUUAAACUUCCAAUCACGCCGUUUGAGGCUACUGUUCGUGCCCAGAGCCGCGGAUUCUACGCCACCGGCGUCUGCCUCCCCUUCUUCCUCAGGAAAAACCAUCGUUUCAGAGGAAGGCUUUACUUUAUCCAAGGUCUCGUUUGGUGUUGUUGGUUUGGCAAUUGGUGGUUCCCUUCUCUCGUAUGGUUUUGGGGCAUAUUUUACCAUCCUACCAGGAUCAGAGUGGUCUGCUUUAAUGCUCACAUAUGGGUUUCCUCUUGCAGUUAUUGGUAUGGCUCUGCAGUAUGCGGAGCUAAAGCCAGUGCCAUGCAUAACCUACUCUGAUGCACAAAGUUUGAGGGAAAAAUGUGCUACUCCCAUUCUUAAACAGGUUAGGGACGAUGUUACACGAUUCCGUUAUGGGGACGAGCAACACUUAGAUGAGGCUCUAAAAAGAAUUUUUCAGUAUGGUUUGGGCGGUGGGAUUUCAAGGCGCAGUGGACCAAUUCUCAAGAUGAUUCGCGAAGAAGUUGUCGAAGAUGAGAAAUACUGUUUAGUUCUUGUGUUUGAAGCAAAAGCUUUGCAAUUGUCAGAUUUCGAACAAAGACAGGCGAAGUUUGCAUCAUUCUUUGGGCCAGGAAUCACUGCUGAGAUAGGAGAAGGAGAGGGUAACGAUCUGUAUGAAGUCAGGCUUAUUUCGCAAACAACAGCACAGUGAAGGAAACUGAAAUCUGGAUGUCCUGCUUAAGUACUGUGAAUCAUUUGUUCUUUUCUAUAAUCCAAUUUCUUCCAACGCUGCUCUUUAUGGUGGCUAGCAUGUAAUUAUUAAAACUGUGUUUAGUGCAUAUUUCUGAGCAGGAUCAUCUUGAUAAUAUUUUUUCUAAUGCUUUAUUUGGGGA